CCCCAAUAACCCCACCCCCCAGUCUUAGCCAAAUCCCACACACACAAAUUCGGUGUCCUCUGGCUGAUGGUAUGUGAGGUUCGAUUUCAAACUGAUGGAAAGAGAGGGGAAUGUGACCGUACAGCAAAAAAGUGCCAGUAUCCUUAUGCAGAGCCAGGAACCUGUGAAGGUAUAACAUGGUUAUCAAGAUAUUUUUUCCAAGUUGCUGUUCUGAAGCAGAAAGUGGUCUCCUAAUAGGUCGUUGGAUUCCAGAGCAGAAUGCUGCAGUUGUCCUGGCAAUCUUUCACUAUCCUUUCAUCCCUGGCCAGGUGAAACAGUGCCUUGAGCAGAUCAGAGCUCUAACUAACGUAGAGGUUUCUGUGCUCGGGUCCUGGAACAGCUAUGACUCUCGGGCAAAAGAAGACCUCAGCCAGUUUCUGGAAGACCUGAGUUCCAUCUUUCCCCAUGAUCUGUGGUUCCAGUUGACACAGGGGAAAGAAAGAAAGUCAGUUUUUGAGUAUCACGUGGUUCAAAAAGGCAACAAGAACAACAAGAAAAAUGUUAUCUUAAUCUACUAUGAUCAACGCAAGGUUAUGCUGUCAAAAUUGCAUCCUUUGGACAUUACAACUCCCGAAGAUGAUGAUCAUGCUGGAGUGAUGUCAGAAGUUUUUGCCUCAGACUUUGCCACAGUAUUUGAUACUGUGGCUAAAUGCGAGUCAUUUUUUGUGAUUGAUAAAUAUGAUGAAACAGUGAUUAAGUUUACUCAUUGGCAGUCAGAAGGGAGAGAAGCUAGUGUCGUUGUGGAACUUGUGAAACAAGCAUCAGGACCUGUGUGUGUGAUAUUUUCCUUCCUGCUGUCUUUUAUAUCCAAUGUCUGCAAAAGCAGAGUGUUGAAUAUUUGGCCCCUGUGUUUUUUAUGGAGUAAACUCUCAACCUGUGUGCAGCUUGCACACCGCUUGGAUCACUUGCAAACUAUCACAACAACUACAAAAGCACAGAAUCACAUGGAGUUUAUGAGAAAAGCCAACCUCUUUGUUUCAUUCCUAAUUGAUGUGGCUCUUGGAUUGUUGUUGAUCUCCUGGCUUUAUCAGAAGAAUCGUAUUGGCCAGCUAGCAGAUGCCCUUGUUCCAGUUGCUGAUCACGUUGCCAAGGAAUUGCAGGAACUGCUAGAGUGGCUAAUGGGAGCUCCUGCUGGUUUAAAGAUGAACAAAGCACUUGACGAAGUGCUGGGGCGUUUUUUCCUGUAUCACAUACACCUUUGGAUAAGUUAUAUCCAUUUGAUGUCUCCAUUUAUUGAGAUGAUCCUGUGGUACGCUGGAUUAGCAGCAUGUCUUGGCUUGACUGUUGCUUUGUCCGUUGUUUCAGACAUCAUUGCUCUGCUGACUUUUCACAUCUACUGCUUUUAUGUAUAUGGGGCCAGACUCUACUGUUUGAAGAUCUAUGGCUUAUCAUCUCUUUGGCGAUUAUUCAGAGGAAAGAAAUGGAAUGUUCUGAGGCAGCGUGUGGAUUCCUGCUCAUAUGACUUGGAUCAGUUGUUUAUUGGAACCCUGCUGUUCACCAUUCUACUCUUCCUCUUGCCAACUACAGCCCUGUACUACCUUGUGUUUACACUGUUAAGGUUGGUGGUGGUUGUCGUCCAGGGUCUCAUUCACUUGCUUGUGGAUUUCAUUAACUCUCUCCCAUUGUACGCAUUAGGACUCAGACUGUGCCGACCUUAUAGGCUUGCAGCUGGUGUUAAGUUUAAAGUUUUUCAGACGAUUGCUGACAAACCUCUUCACUUGUUAAUGCAGAUUAAUCCCCUGACCUAUGGGAUGAUAAUCAGAUAUUACAGACUGCCAACUUACAGCUGUUAUCCGAAGGACUCGUGGACAACACUGUGUCAGAAACUGUUCCUUGGGGAGCUGGUUUAUCCCUGGAAACACAAAACAGAGAAACAAGACUGAGAAAAUACAGCCAUAAAGCAGCAGUCCUAUGAAUAUGUCUAUGUCUAAUUGCCUACAUUACGUCUGCAUUGCCAUUUGUUUCAAAGAGGAGAGGUUACUCUUUGAUUAUUUUUAUUAUAAAAGUUAUAAAUUUGAAAUCAAUGAUUGUUGCUAGUGCCAAAAUUAUGCUGCAAAAUUAUUAGUAGAUUGACAUAGUUUGUUAAAUAUCAAAAUUGAGAAAGCUUAAAAUGUCAUUUGGGAUAUGAAGCAACUGUGUCUCAAAUUACAAUUUCACACUUUUACCUCUUUUGUUACAGCAAAUGCAUUUCCGGUCCCUAUAUAUUGGGUGCAAUUUUCAAGUUCUGUAAGAAUGCUUUUCAAUUUGCUGUAAGCUUGAAGCAUUAUUGUACUGUUUUUAGACGGAUCACUUUUUAUACUUUAUACUUUCUGUUUGUGUUUUGUA